AUUAUGCAAAAUUAUUGCAAAUCGUACGUAUACACGUACACAUAGCGAUAUUUGCACAGCAUGUCUGCAGCGCUAUUACGCAGACACGUUGCGCACGUAAUCACAGCACCGGUGUCUAGUAAAAUAGGAAGGAAAUAAAUUUGGAUUUUUGUACCUUUAGUUUUAAGUUUUAUGCGCCAAUAAAUACAUUGUACGACAUCGAGAAGGUAGAAACGAGCACAAGGAUGGAAGGGAGGCAGUUAACAUAUAACAAGUCUCCACAGAAUAUCCAAGAACUGAUCGACAGUCUUCACGUUCUUUUCUCGGAGGAGAAAGUAAACAUCGAAGAAGUGCAAGAUGUGAUGGAAAGAUACGAAAGCCGGGAAGGGGAUUGGGAAUGCUUUGCACAUUAUGACGAAUACAGAUACACAAGAAAUCUGGUGGAUAGUGGCAAUGGCAAGUUUAACCUUAUGGUCCUGUGCUGGGGAGAGAGUAUGGGGAGUUCCAUCCACAGUCAUUCAGACUCGCACUGCUUCAUGAAAGUCUUAGACGGUUCACUGCGGGAGACCCUCUUCAACUGGCCUUCUCCAUCGGAGAAACGACACGAAAUGCCGCCUCGUGGAGUCAAUGACUAUACAAGGAAUCAGGUGGCAUAUAUCAAUGAUAGCCAUGGCCUACACCGAGUUGAGAACAUGAGCCACACAGACACUGCAUGUAGUCUCCAUCUCUAUUCACCGCCAUUCGAUAGCUGUUUGUCAUUUGAUCAGCGGUCGGGAAAACAGCACGAAGCCAAGGUGACAUUUUGGAGCAAGUAUGGGGAACGAACACCUCUGACCACAGGUGGCUGUUCAACUGCAAUGGAACCUGAAGACAACUAAUUUGAGAUCACAACAAUAGAUAGUUACCUCAACAAAUGUCUUCUUCUUUUUUUUUUAGGAUAACAAAAAUGAAAAGAAUGAGGUGUCUUUUCAUUUGCCCGUUUUCUUUUCUGGCAUAACAAUUUAAAAGGAUCCUUUGGAAGUAGAUGGGAAAAAAAAGAUAUUUUAAAUAACAAAUGGCAGGAAAUGGUAAUAAGCUUUUGUUGUGCUUAUCACUAAGUUAUUUUUUAUACAUGUACAUGUAUGCACAUCUAUUUAGGGGUAAAAUAUACUACAGCACGGAUGAUUAAUUAAAAGCUUAAAUAACAAAAGUAACGUUUAAAAAAACGCUUGUAAUUUCCUGUAUUGCCAAGCAAUUGUUGUCUGCUUUGCUCUAAAGAAAAGGAUCCUCAAAUUAAAAAUGUUAACGGACCUAGCAAAAUGACAAACUUAAAAGACAUAAUUUCUUAAAUAGGAAUGUUAUCUCAUUUCAACAGCGGUUUGCGUGCUUCACAUCAAUAUGGACAUAGCUUGAGCCUCUUAUCCUUACAGAUGCAAUUUGCAUGCAAAGGUUUAAGGACUGCACGUUUCCUUGUUUCCUUUCAUGUGAUAGGCUUGGUUUAUUUAAUUGCCAGUGUUUGUGACGUAAAACAUUUACCAUAGCUGUGCAAAUAUAGCUGUCAGAUUUUGUCUGAUCCCCAUAUUCUAUACAUCAUUGGAAAGCUUAUUCAAUAUAUAUGUGAUGCGAUCAAGCUAAAUGAGUCGUUUGUCGAACCUGGUCAAAAUUUUUUAUUACAGAUUUGAAAAGAGCACAAUCUCAGCAUUACUGCUGUGAAAACUGCAUGCUGGUUCAUGUACCAUCUUUAGUUCACAGAUUAUAGAAGUGGGAACACCAAGACAUUUGAUGAAGUGGCCCUAUUUUGGCCUGAAUCUCCAAAUUAUAAAUUCCAGACAAACGACUCAUUUAGCUUGACUGCAUCACAUCAUUUUCAAUGAGCCCUAAAUGCCAGUUUUCAAAAAUUGGUCCAAGCAACUGGCUUUGUGCUAGAGGGUUACAUUAUGACAAUGAUUCUAAUGUAGUCUUCAAGACCACAUUCAAGAACUUCAUGUUAACAUGUUGAGCUCACUUUUGAUGAAUAAGUCCCAGACGAGCUGAUACCUAAAUAUAUAUGGAAAGGUAUCAUGUUUUUCAAUCUACAUCAUUGUUAUUAUUGAAAUAAUUCCGUCACUUUUGUUUUUUGAAGUGUAAUUUAGAAAUUCAAUUGCUCACCCAAUUUUUUAAUUUUAAUUUGCAUUUCAUGUUGUCACUAGGUAUGAGGUUAAAAUUUGUGAUUUUAUUUGGUAGUUUUGUACAGAAAAUGACCCUUUGUAUAAGUUAGUGUCUACAUGUAUAUUAAAAAUUGACUAGAAAAACAAAAUACUGAAUAACUCUUAAUUUGCAGAAAAAGUCUCCUGACUGUAAAGUAGUAAAUGUAAGCAUCGCAGAUGCAUGUUGUUUUAUUCUCCAAAAUUCCGUUCUUGCCGGUGUAACACUUCAAACAAGUCUGAAAUCUGGAGCUUAAGUACUGGACCUGAUAUCAAGGAAUAAAACGGCGAAGAAAAAACUUAAGAUGAUUCGAAGGAAAAACUUUAUCGAAAACGAAACAAAAAUGAUUAUCAAUAUAUGCACCAUUUAUGCAAACUGUAUUUCUUGCUAAACUACUGUAUCCACUUUCUACGAACGUUUUCCUAUAUAUAGCUUCGGUGCUGCCAUUUUGUUUUGAACAUGUUGAAAGAAGAAAGGGUAUUGGUCUUGUGUACUUGUGCUGUGCAUGUUUGUUUUAUAACAGUCUUUCUGUACAGUUCUACAUUCCAUGGAAAUGGUAGUAUUGAAAAUGUGGUACUUCAGGAGCAUUAAAAGAUCUUCAAUAAGUAAUUUGAAAUUUAACACGUCUGUAUAAAUGCCAUCUAAGUAGUUGCUUCAAUUCACAUGUAAUGGAUUGUUUAAUUAAUCUGUGCUCUUUGAGUGUUGUGUUUUAAUACUCGGCUUGACAUACAUUCUUCGUAUGGAGUGCAUUGGAAGGAAGAAAAGUCCAAUCAGAAAAGACUCCAAAAAGAGUACUUAGUUGAGAAAGUUUAAAUACAAAGUUUUGUUGUUGUUUUAAUAGAGCAAUUAAGGGUGAAACAAAAUUUAUUCUUUUUCUGUGUCUGGCUCCCUGACUCUCACAGAUCCAUCAAUACAUUUAGUCACAGAAUCGUCAGCACCAGCCUAUAUAAUUUUGAAUGACUCACUACAAUAUCCCUUCUAUGUACAGUAUAUAUAGAUUUGCGUGUUUUGUGUAAGGUUAUUGAGAAUAGAAAGAAAGAAAACGAAGUAAUGCACCGAGUGCUCUCUAAUACAUGAACUGGCUAAAAAAGAAGAAGUAUAUUCAAGCAUUUCAAGACAACUAUUAUAUUUCUUUCGAUGGAAUGUUGUAUGUAAAUUUGUAUCAUUGUAAAAACAAAUUCUGAAAUUUCCAUGUACAGUUUUCAGUCGGGGUCGGAUAACUUUGUGCAGUACUCUUUGAUUUUCAUUUGGAAGCUUAUAAUAUUUCUGUGAGAAGUUAUAUUGUCAAAUGGAUUUUAUUCUCAGUGGUACUUGCACAAUAAUUUUAAUUUCCCAGAAGGGCCUAUAUGA